AAUAUUUUCAGAAAUGUCCCACAAAGAGGAUGGACAAGAAAAUGGAGUUGAGGGAAGGAAAGGUGACUUCGAAUGCAGAAUGCUUAUACCCAGUAAAAUGGCGGGAUCUAUUAUAGGAAAGAAAGGUGCAAACAUACAGAUGUUGCGGAGUGAAUACUCUGCUAAUAUUAAGCUACCGGACUCCCCUGGACCUGAGAGGAUAUUUAGCGUCUACGCAGCAGAUGCAGACACUGUUGCAGAUGUCAUAGAGAAAGCAUUACCCAUGAUGUUUGGAGUCGAAGACAGUGAAAAGGAAGAAGAGAUCCGACUUCUAAUUCAAACCGGAGCAGUCGGAGCCAUUAUCGGUAAAGGAGGAAAUAAGAUUAAACAGAUCAGAGAGCAGAGCGGAGCUAACGUGAAAGCGUAUCAGAACUGUGCCCCACAGUCCAGUGAUCGGGUUGUGUCUAUAAAGGGUGACCGGGAAACCCUGAUCCCGGCCCUCAGACUUUGUUUGCAGGUCAUAGUCGAGAACGGGCAGCGUGGUUCCGGUAUGCCAUAUGAUCCAGCCAAUUUCGACUCAUUUUUCGCCCACGAAUAUGGAGGUUUCGGUGGCCAAGCCGGCAGGUUUGGAAUGGAGGGUGGACGAGGUCGUGGUGGAGUACAGCGAGGACCUGGACGUGUACCUGCUCCCGGAGGGUUUGGUCGUCCCGAUGGAUUUAUCCCACCAAUCGGAUUCCCUAGCCGACCAAUGGGACGUGGUUUUGGUCAGGAAGGUUUCGGUCGAGACCUUGGUUUCGGCGGUGGUGGCGGUGUUGGCGGGGGACGUGGUAAAUUCGGCGAUGCCGGGGGCAGAUUUAACUCUAGCGCAGGAACAGGUUUAGAGAUUGAUGACGGGCCAAGGGAAUCAACACAGGUCACAAUACCUAAGGAGGUUGCAGGAGCAAUAAUAGGACCCGGAGGACAGAGAAUCCGGAAGAUCCGGAAUGAGUCCAAGGCCAAUAUAACUAUCGAAGAUGUACAGACUGGAAGUAACGAGAGAUUGAUCACUAUCGAAGGUACAGAGGGACAGAUAAGUGUAGCCAGAUACCUGCUCAGACAAGCCGUUAACGACCAGCGCCCAGCAGCACAGGGGUUCAGUAACUCAGCGUACUAAACUCACCACCCGGAGAUCCUCCAGAACCAACCCAAUCCAACCCAGCACCCCUAGCUAUAUACAUUUACACCUAACCCAGACCCUUCUUUGCUUACUCCAUUAUUCGCUGAAUAAUUGUGAUAUUCUAAUGUUUAUCUAUUAAGUAAGGAUUACUGCAGAUAAGAAAGAAAUAAAGUUUCAGUUUGCAGUACAUAGUACACAGUAAAUGUACUAAACACUCUACAGUACAUUCUUUCAAUAUUGUUUAUAAUAUUUCUGAUGUUCAGGAUGUCCUGGAUUUUUUUAUCAGUGUAGUUAUUUGACGAAAACUUCUGAAGAAUUCAGCAUUUUUGUAUGAAAAUAUUUUUAACCUUAAAGCUUAAGUUUCUUCCUGGGACGAUAGGGUUUCAAUAUUUUUUUUCUAUUUUUGAAACCGCAUAACAUAUCAAUAAUCAUAAUGAAGGAGUUUUUCCAAUAUUUAAAAUUUGUAUUUUUAAAUUUGUAAAUUUAAAUUUGAAACAGUACAAAGACUGGUAAAUGGUGUUGAACAAAAUUACAAAGUAUGUACAAAGGGGAGCUUAGCAAUAAGAAACAUAUUUUACGAUGUUUGAUUUGAGAACUAAAUGUAUAAAGUGAUCUAACUAGAAGAAGAUGAAUGUUGAAUAUUAAAUGUAAACUUGAAUGAUAGUGCUGCCCCUCUGUAGAUACUCUGUGGAUAAAAUAAUAAUGGUUUGGUUCUCAGCUGGGAAAAUAUUUGGAAUUUUCUGAUAAAUGUUUCCAUGUAAUCUACAUAUAUCUCCUAUUGUACUUUAACCUUGUUGUUUUUAUUUGUAUUUUUGUUAUUUUUGCUUUGGUUAAGGAUUCGGUAUCUUCGUUAAAUGAAUUUUUAUUCUAUCUUUUUAUCAGGUUGUAUUCAAUGUAUUUCUCCCUAAAAUCAUCUUUUAUUGAUUCAUAAAUUGUCGAUUUGUUUUUUUAUUGUACUAUUGUAUUUUAACCUGGAAAAUGAAUGACCUAACCUCUGUUAAUAUCCCCCCCCCCCCCUCCCCCUGGACAGUUGAAAAGUAGUUAGCUCAUGCAUUUUACACAUUACUCACAAGACCGUUGUGUAUAAUCUCUAAUAUGGAACCCAGGAUUAUUAAGGGUUCGAUAAACAAUAGAAUUUGAAUAGGAUCUUUUGUGUAAUAGAAAACAUUACUCUUCCCACCCUAAUGUAGUUUUAAUCCUUCACGGAAUAGUUAAUUCUACUCCUAGGGUAGUUUAAUCCUCCUUGGAAUACUAUAUUCUACUCCUAGGGUAGUUUAAUCCUCUUUGGAAUACUAUAUUCUACUCCUAGGGUAGUUUAAUCCUCCUUGGAAUACUAUAUUCUACUUCUAGGAUAGUUAAAUCCUCUCUGGAUUAGUAUAUUCUACUCCUAGGGUAGUUUAAUCCUCCCUGGAUUAGUAUAUUCUACUCUCAGUGUAGUUAAAUUCCUCUGGAUUUGUAAAGCCUACUCCCGGGGAAGAUAAAUUUGGAUCAAUCAAAUUCUAUAUCUAAGUGGGUCGAGUACAGUCUCCCAACCAUCCCUGUAGGUUCCACCCUCCCAUGGUUCCAACCCGUAAUCCUAGCUCCUGUCCUAGA